AUGUCUGGAACUUCCAACGUCGGUAACUCUCAGGUCUACGAGGCUGGUGACCAGCGCAACUACAAACAAUCCGAGAUCGAGGAGGCGAAGAAGGAGAACCGCUUCCACGAGGGCAAGGAGAACUCUCACAAGGCCCAGGACUCCAAGGAUGAGCGAUCCAUUGCCAACAAGCUCGAGCGUGAAUCCAAGCGUGAGCAUGAGGACGACGAGAAGCUGAGCGAAGAGGGCCGUCUGCGCAAGGUUGACGCUACUCUGCCUGCAAAGCUUCACGGCAACGAGCCCAGCGCUGGCGCCAAGCUCGACCAGGAGCUGAGGGACGAGGAGGAGGCUGAGCUCAAGCGCAAGGGCAAGGCCUAA